UUUUCUAAUUAGUCUGUGCUACAUUUUUUCCGAUUACUGAUCAAUCAUAAAUCUUUACUGAACUGAAUUAACGUUUAGAAUAGUCAGAAAAAUAGAAUUGAAACAAUAAAACUAAAGCAAGUGCCAAAUACGUAACUGAUAAAGCAGAUAAAGUGAGUGAAUAUCAUUGAACGGAGACAAUAAGAAUACUUUAUAAUUAACCAAUACAGAGACUGAUUAUUUUUUACUUGUACAUUAUUGUUUUGUUCUGUGUUUAUGACUCUCGUACUGUCAGAUCAAUUUCAUUAAUCUUAACGUAAUAUAUUUUAAACGAGGCAGUUCUAUUUUUGUCUUAUUAUCGGGAGUCGUACGUUAGGCUAAUUUCGUAUCAUAAAGCCUAACAGUACGUGAUAGCUUACAUAGAACAAUAUAAUCACUAACCAACUUUUUAAGAAUAUUGUUAUUGAUACUUAUUUGUGACUAUGAACAGAAGCAAGAACAAUAAUACUAAAACUAUGAGGACUCCUGAGUGCACUAGUGACCAGAACGUGAAUCCGGAUGGCUACAGGCUCAUCACAAAUGAGAAUAAGCCACCGGACAUUAAGUAUUCAAAAGAGAAUUCUUGGGUGGCUGGUGUACAAAUGUUUGUGUCGUUUUUACUCGCCGGGUUUGGUAUGGUGGCGGCCAGUUUAUUGCUCGACUUGGUGCAGCAUUGGGAUGUUUUCCAGCAAGUUUCAGAAGUAUAUAUAUUAGUACCUGCUCUACUUGGACUGAAGGGAAAUUUAGAAAUGACAUUAGCAUCACGGUUGUCCACCAAUGCUCACUUAGGUCACCUAGAAACAAGUCUAGGAGCAUUAGUCAUAGGCAAUUUAUGUUUAAUUCAGUGCCAAGCUGUACUUGUUGGUUUCUUAGCAGCAAUGGCAGCAGUUGCCAUGGGUUGGAUUCCAUAUGGAGAAUUUGAUAUCCACCAUGCAUUAUUACUGUGCGCUUCAAGUGUCCUCACUGCAUCAUUUGCUAGUUUCGUCCUAGGACUCAUCAUGAUUGGUGUAAUAGUGAUUUCAAGAAAGUUAUACAUUAAUCCUGAUAAUAUUGCAACUCCAAUAGCAGCUAGUCUGGGAGAUUUAACAACCUUGGCAUUAUUGUCUUGGAUUGCAUCUCUUUUAUAUUCAUCUAUUGGCACAAGUGUGAUAUUACCGUCUAUUAUUAUCAUUGUUGGCGCAGGCCUAGUGCCAGUUUGUGGGUAUAUUGCAUGGAAAAAUCAAUUUACUAAGCAAGCAUUGGACGAAGGAUGGGUGCCUGUGGUGUCUGCUAUGGUUAUAAGUAGUGCUGGAGGGUUAAUUUUGGACUAUACAGUAUCUAAGUACAAAGGUGUUGCUGUAUUCCAAUUAGUUAUAAAUGGAAUAGGAGGCAAUAUGGUUGCAGUGCAUGCCUCCAGAUUGUCAACAUCCCUUCACACAGGUCAAAAAGAAAGUUCAGUAUUAGGUAAAACAACAAAACUUUUAUUGUUAAUGGUGAUACCUGGCCAGUUAAUAUUCUUGUACACAAUAGGUUACUUGAGGGCCGGUCACACAAGUUUAACUCCUGUAUUCAUUUUAAUCUACAUGUCUGCAGCUUUGCUCCAGGUGCUAUUGUUGUUAACUGUAAGUCAUUAUAUGGUGUUAUGGAUGUGGAAACUAGGUAUGGACCCAGAUAAUUCAGCAAUACCAUAUUUAACUGCACUGGGUGAUUUGCUUGGUACAGCAUUCUUGGGUGCAGCAUUUGUUGUUCUUGAUGUGAUAGGUGACAAAGAUAGUGAUCUAGGUGACUGAAUACAAUAUUAUGUUAAAAAUAUAUUAUUUAAAUCUUGUAAAUUAAGUAGCUUUCUUUUAUUAUUAUCUAAUGAAACACAAACUUGUCUAACAUAUUUCGAAACUAAUUAGGUACUUAACAACUUACUUAAUCUUAAUUAAGUUGGGGACAAUAUCAGAGUAGAGCAGCAAAAUGCCAAAAAAAGAUGGCCCAUAGGGACUGUACAUGAUAUUUUCGUUUUAAAGACGUUUUUAAAUAGAGCAAACCAUAUAUUUUAUAGGUUGUAUUUUACUUGUUUGGCACAUAAUCUAAUGUAUCUAUAGAAGUAAGUGUGUAAAAAAGACACUAUAUAGUUAUAUACAUAUUUUGUGCAGGAAAAAUAAAUUAGAUUACUAUUUGAAAAAAUGUGUGAUUCAUUAAACAUGGUUUAUGUUCAAUUUAUAUUUAUGUUAUAAUUGGGUCUGUCAAUAUAUAAUUUAAUGACUUGUGUACUGUAAUUUUACUAUAUAAAAUAGUACCUACUGAAAGAAUACAAGACAAAGAAUUAUUACUUUUACAUGCAUAAAAAAGCAGUACUUAAGAUAUAGUCAAAUAUAUUGUAUUGUUUACAAAUGUUAUUUAACUGAUAAAGUAUUUUUGGUAUAAGUGCCUACUGUAGGUGUAUUGUCAUAGAUUUUAUUUUAUCAUUCUGUUAUCCACUAAAAUUUUGAGACAUUUCAAAUGUGUGGAAAUAUAUUGUAAUGUAUAAAAUGAAAGGCAAACUGCCUUUGAGACACAGCCUGUUGUUACAACUAUUGGUAGUGCAUGGUAAUGAACGGCCCAUUUAAGUCAAUGUUAAUUUACAAUUUUUAAUAAAUGUCCUAUUUACCUAUUAUACGACAGAGCCCAUACAAUAUUAAAAUCAGUGAAACAAUUCCCAAAGCUAGUGGGGGUAGUAACCAAUCCGCCAAUUUAAUUGGAAUUGUUAUAGUAGCAAGAGAUAUCUGAUGGGUCUUAUGACAAUGUGUGUACAUGAUAAGUAAAAUCAACCAUAUCUUACCAUUAGAUUGAAAAUUAUAAAAGCAUCAGACACUACAGACAACCAAUUAAGUACCUUAAUAUCCAUAUCUUCAUUGUAGACUAUUUGAAAUAUUAAAUCUCAUAAUAUGUCCAUUACUAUUAUUGUCUACCUACUUAGACAAACAACCCAUCCUGAUGAUAGCAAGUUUGAUCCCACACUAUACAAAAAUUUGUGCCAGGAAAAUGUUUUGUUUUGUGUUUUGUUGAUUAAAUAUAAAAAUGACAUUUUUCAAAAUUAGAAGCUCAAAUUGCCUCCUUUUAUAUAAGUCAAUUUAAUUAACCACGCCGUCUUAAUCAUUAUCUAAAUACUUCUAAAAUCAUAUAAUACUUCUGUGUAAAUUUAAAACUUUAAAGGAAAAAUAUUUAAAAAAAUUUAAAUGCUUGUCUUGUAAAAAAAAAUUACAUUUUGAAUACUGCCAUUUUUCUAUUUAACCGACGAUAUGUAUAUAUACUCAUCUGUAUUUACAUUUAUUUGUGUCUAGAUAACUCAAUUUGUUAUGUUAAAGUAUUUAUUUAUUUUAAAAUAUGGUAAAUAAAUUGUGUAAUGCGAUUUUGAGUAGGAUCAAUGCUAGUAAAUGAUUGCUCAAGUGUUACUUUUUAAGGUCCUGGUUUGAACCUCCACGUACUGACCACUUUGAAGAUUUUUAAUUAGGUAAUAAAUAUUACUUAAUUAGAAUAUAAUUUAAUAUAUACCUACUUUUUAUGAAUAUGUACUGGUGCUAUAAAAUAAUUGUUCUAAUAUAAAAUAUAUUUUUAUAUCUAAAUUGUGAUGC